AUGGAGCAAUUGUAUGAGACGGCGGACGAGGUCGUGCCGCCACCGGCCGUGACACGUAACUUGAUGCACACGCAGCCAGUGGAUGAAGAGCUUGACCGCUGGCUUACAAAGCCCACUUCGUUGCGAGCUAUACGUCCAGAUGAAGUUGAACCGGUUCUUAGCUCCUGGAAACGCCAACAGGAGCAGGGAAACUUCCGAUUUCUUCCUCUGGUGGCGCGUGUUUUGUUUUCGAUGCCCUCGUCUUCGGCCCAAAUCGAGAGGGACUUCGGAGCGGCUGGGAGAAUGGUGACGCCGCAACGCAGCUCGUUGGCACCAUACAACGUGGAUAUGGCUACGUUUUUGAACUGCAACAGGAGCUACGUCGACAUAAUCCAGUGCCCGAAGCUAUCACCAAAAUGCGCAGGAGCACGGUUGCCCUCCAACGUCUUGGUGAACAUGGUGCAAGACCUGGAUGCCGAGUUCGGGUCCAUGGCUAACUUUUUUUCUGGUGAAAGUAUGAAUUUAGGUACUUUGGAUAAUGAAGAUACAGGCGAAGUCUAG